GCAGUCUGCAGCCUUUGCCGCGGCCGAGUGCAGGGCGCUCAGAACCCGCGGGGGCGGAGCGGCGAGAGCAGCCCUGGGAGAGCUGCGGCGGCGGGCGCGAUCCACACCCCCGGCCAGCCCAGCCAGUGAGCGAGCCCGAGCCCGGCUGUCCGUCCAUGGGGUGCCGCCUCCGCCUGGCCCCGACCCUUGCCUGCGGCCUUCGCCUGCCCUGACCUGGACUUGGGACUUCGGGAGAGGAUCGCGCGGCCCUGGAGAGGUGUUGUGGAAGAACAUGAUGGCUGAACAACUCCUUCCUCAGGCUUUGUAUUUGAGCAAUAUGCGGAAAGCUGUGAAGAUCAGAGAGAGAACUCCAGAAGAUAUAUUUAAACCUACCAAUGGAAUCAUUCAUCAUUUAAAAUCCAUGCACCGGUACACGCUGGAAAUGUUUAGAACUUGCCAGUUUUGCCCACAAUUUCGGGAGAUCAUCCACAAAGCUCUCAUAGACAGAACCAUCCAGGCCUCCCUGGAAAGUCAAAAGAAGCUCAACUGGUGUCGAGAAGUCAGAAAACUUGUGGCUUUGAAGACAAAUGGUGAUGGAAACUGCCUCAUGCAUGCUGCUUCUCAGUACAUGUGGGGUGUUCAGGACACGGACUUGGUCCUGAGGAAGGCACUCUUCAGCACUCUCAAGGAGACAGACACACGCAACUUUAAAUUCCGCUGGCAGCUGGAGUCUCUGAAAUCUCAGGAGUUUGUGGAAACGGGGCUUUGCUACGACACCCGGAAUUGGACUGAUGAAUGGGACAACCUUAUCAAAAUGGCAUCCACCGACACACCAGGGGCCCGAAGUGGCCUUCCGUAUAGUUCACUGGAAGAAGUACACAUCUUUGUCCUUUGCAACAUCCUCAGAAGGCCGAUCAUCGUCAUUUCAGACAAAAUGCUGAGAAGUUUGGAAUCAGGUUCCAAUUUCGCUCCUUUGAAGGUGGGCGGAAUUUAUUUGCCUCUCCACUGGCCCGCCCAGGAAUGCUACAGAUACCCCAUUGUUCUCGGCUACGACAGCCAACACUUUGUACCCCUGGUGACCCUGAAGGACAGUGGGCCUGAAAUCCGAGCCGUUCCACUUGUUAACAGAGAGCGAGGAAGAUUUGAAGACUUGAAAGUUCACUUUUUGACAGAUCCUGAAAACGAGAUGAAGGAGAAGCUUUUGAAAGAGUACUUGAUGGUGAUAGAAAUCCCAGUGCAAGGCUGGGACCAUGGCACCACCCACUUGAUUAAUGCUGCAAAGUUGGAUGAAGCUAACUUACCAAAGGAAAUAAAUCUGGUCGAUGAUUACUUUGAACUUGUCCAGCACGAGUACAAGAAGUGGCAGGAGAACACGGAGCAGGGGCGGAGAGAGCUGCACGCCCAGCACGCUUUGGAGCCUUCCAUGCCCCAACUUUCUCUCAUGGAUGUAAAAUGUGAAACACCCAACUGUCCUUUCUUCAUGUCCGUGAACACCCAGCCUCUAUGCCAUGAAUGCGCAGAGAGGCGGCAAAAGAACCAGAACAAAUCCCCCAAGCUGAACCCCAAGCCAGGCCCGGACGUGGUGCUUGGAGCCUCUCGGGGCGAGGCCUACGAGCCCACGGCCUGGGGCCCUGAGGAGCCAGCUGGGGGGCCUCAUUCGGCCCCUCCGACAGCACCCAGCCUCUUCCUGUUCAGCGAGACCACGGCCAUGAAGUGCAGGAGCCCCGGCUGCCCUUUCACGCUGAACGUGCAGCACAACGGAUUCUGUGAGCGUUGCCACAAUGCCCGGCAACUUAAUGCAGGCCACACCUCGGACAACACGAGGCAUUUAGAUCCUGGUAAGUGCCGAGCCUGCCUCCAGGACGUCACCAGGACAUUCAAUGGGAUCUGCAGCACUUGCUUCAAAAGGACUACGGCAGAGCCCGCCUCAAACCUCAGCUCCAGCAUCCCUCCUUCCUGUCACCAGAGGUCCAAGUCCGACCCCGCACAGCUCAUCCAGAGUCUCUCCCCCCAUUCUUGCCACAGAGCUGGGAACGAGGCCCCCUCUGGCUGCUCUUCUCAGGCCACACGCACUCCUGGGGACAGGAUGGGGACCAGCAAGUGCAGGAAAGCUGGCUGCAUGUAUUUUGGGACUCCCGAAAACCAGGGCUUUUGCACGCUGUGUUUCAUCGAGUACAGAGAAAAUAAACAUUUUGUUGCUGCCUCGGGGAAAGCAAGUCCCACAGGCUCCAGGUUCCAGAAUGCAGCCCCCUGCCUGGGGCGGGAAUGCGGCACCCUCGGAAGCACCGUGUUUGAAGGAUACUGUCAGAAGUGUUUCAUUGAAGCUCAAAAUCAGAGAUUUCAUGAAGCAAAAAGGACUGAAGAGCAGCUGAGAACGAGCCAGCGCCGAGACGUGCCUCGAACCACACAGAGUGCCUCCAGGCCCAAGUGUGCCCGGGCCUCCUGCAAGAACAUCCUGGCCUGUCGCAACGAGGAACUCUGCAUGGAGUGCCAGCACCUCGGCCAGCGGGUGGGCCGGGGUGAGCCCGUUCCCGAAGAGCCCCCCAAACAGCGCUGCCGGGCCCCUGCCUGCGAUCACUUUGGCAACGCCAAGUGCAAUGGCUACUGUAACGAGUGCUUUCAGUUCAAGCAGAUGUACAGCUAAGGCGAACAGGUGAGCCCCCGCCGUUAGCCAACAUGGUGCUAUCCUCUAAACACUCCGGUGCCACUGGAGUCGGUCCGCGCCUCAGAGGCUCAAGGCUGCCUUUGAGCAGGAGAGGAAAGAUAAGCUCUUGGUCAUGGCCCUGAAUUUGGUAACCAAGGAACAGUCCCAGGUGGCCUUGGAGCAGAUGGUGUCGGAUUCCGUCUGGGGCUCCUCCUCCUCUCCUACAAGCAGAGGCUAGGAACUUGACGGACUUGGAAUGCGUGCCAGGACUGCUUUGUCAUCUUUCAAGAAAAGAGACAAGACACGGUCAGAGCCACUCCACCUGCCUCCAUCGGCACUGCUCAGAGGUGGGGGCUGAGUCCUCCCCGCCCACAGGCCUCUGUGAGAAGGUUGGGAAGCUCAGGGAAAACGGACAUCUCCAGUGUCAGUAGUUGGUGGCUUUUCCCUCCCUGCCUCACUCCUUUCUCUCGGACUGUGAUUCUGAGGCUGCUGAGACGAAGUUCAUACUGCAAAGCAUUCAGCUGCUCUUUACAAUAUGCACCUUGUAAAAAUCAGAAUAUCUUAGUGGGAAGACGUGUGCCUCUGGGUUAUCACGGUCUUCGCUUCUAGACAGGCUAUCUUGAACUGAGGUGUGUAUAAUAAUGUGGACAUGUAAUGCACCCUUGUGUAUGAGGGAUUUUUUUUUUAUUGUGUUGAAAUGCUGCCCUGGAAUAAGAAGACUAAACAAUAAUAACCUAUUUUCUGGUUGUUGUUGGGCCACCGCAUGUACGUACAGCUUUCAUGAACUCAACCCGCUGCCUUGUCAAAGGCCCUAUGUCUGGAGUUUACUUUAUUUAUUUUAUUGCAAACUUUAAGGUUAUUUAAAUGAAGUUGUCUCUUCUGCUCUGGGGAAAAUGCCCCACUGUCUCCUGAAAUAACAUAUUUGCUGUGGGUCAUGUUCUGGAGCCAGGCAAGUUCCUGACUGCAGCAGGGGAGUUGGCCGCUCUGAUGCACUUCCGUUGUCUUCCUGAGGAAAGAAGGAAUUGCAUCAGUAGUCAAUUUAUUAAAAUCUCAUGCUUCUUCUUCAUGAAACUUUUGCCAGAGCCACUUCCCAGCCACAAUAUAGAAUUGUCUCUGACUAUUCUACCUCCUUAGAGAUAAGUUUGGAAAGAAACAGGGAUGAGAUUGGAGAAGGUCACAGGGAAGACAUGGCCUUGAGUGAUGGUUUUACUUGCUGUGUGAAUGCCUUCCCGGGGCACAGGGCAGUGACCUCCUGUCUGUGAGUAUGAGGAACUGUCUAUCCUCAGCCUGUGGUUUCUAUAUGUGCUUUUGUGUCACUGUCAUACUUGUUCUAGAAAAAAUGGCAGGGGAAACACAUUGUCCCCAGAGUUAAAGGCGCCAUUUUUUUUUUGGUCUGGACUAGUGCUCCAUAGUCCUCAGUGUUUUCAUCUAUUCCUUUUAAGGUUGAUAUAUUAAUAUUUUGUGUAUUGAUAUUCUCAUUCUUAAUGUGAAAACAUGAAAUUAUUUAUACUUGUUAUAAAAACAUUUGCACAUUUAGUUGUUUAAGUAGAUUUCUGUUUACUCUGUUGGGUUUAUUAAAAGUUUCCUAAAUAAU